CGAACGAAGAACCCAUCGCCUGAGAGCCAAAACAAAUCUCCCACCACCUGAACUGAACGUAGGCAUCGGAUUCAACUGAACAAUCUCUCCGAUGUGGGAACAUUCCCGCCGAAUCAAUAACCCUUCGUCGAGCUUUAUAACGGUGUCUUCUCCGCCAUGAUCAGACGCCAAACCUCCGCCUUCACUUCCUUCUCACUCUCUUUCCUCUUCCUCCUCGUUUCUCUCUCUCUCCUCCAUUUCAAACCCUCUCUUCUCCCUUCUCAACCGCUAACCCUAAGUCCCUCACAACCCAAUUCAACUCUGCCCCAAACCCCUCCCCCUCGCAACAACUACAUCGUCCGGUUUCUUCAGUACAAGCCUGCGGAGGAGCAUCGGGAUUAUCUCGAGUCGAGCGUUCGAUCCGACGGCUGGGAAUGGAUCGACCGGAAGAAUCCGUCAUCCAAGUACCCGACCGAUUUCGGGUUGGUUUCGAUCCAGGAGAUUGCGAGGGAGAGGGUGAUUGGGGAGAUUAGGAAAUUGGGGCUGGUGAAGGAUGUAAAUAUGGACUUGACCUACAGGAGGGGUUUACUUGAGCAGAAGAGGAAGGGUAAGGCUGGCGCUGGGGGUAGGGACAGGGUUGGCGCUUUUGUCGACGGGAAGAAGCGACCAGGGAAGAUUUUUACGGCGAUGUCGUUUAGCGAGGGCGAUGGCGAGGGGGAGUAUUAUUCUGCGAUUAGCAAUUCUUCGAUUAGGUGGGGACGCCACUUUUUGAUGCAGAAGUCUCAAGUUACUUCCUUGUUCGGAGCUGAAGUUCUGUGGUCAAAAGGUUAUACUGGUGCAAAAGUCAAAAUGGCCAUCUUUGACACUGGCAUUCGAGCUAAUCAUCCACAUUUUCGUAAUAUCAAGGAGCGUACAAACUGGACCAAUGAGGAUACACUAAAUGACAAUCUCGGACAUGGUACAUUUGUUGCUGGUGUUAUAGCUGGUGGAGAUGCAGAGUGUCUUGGUUUUGCUCCAGAUACAGAGAUUUAUGCUUUUCGUGUGUUUACUGAUGCACAGGUAUCAUACACAUCAUGGUUCCUUGAUGCGUUCAAUUAUGCCAUGGCAACCAAUAUGGAUGUACUCAAUUUGAGUAUAGGAGGACCUGAUUACUUGGAUCUCCCAUUUGUAGAGAAGGUUUGGGAAAUAACAGCAAAUAACAUAAUUAUGGUCUCGGCAAUUGGAAAUGAUGGACCACUUUAUGGUACUUUAAACAAUCCAGCAGACCAAAGUGACGUCAUCGGUGUUGGUGGCAUUGACUACAAUGACCACAUAGCCUCAUUUUCUUCACGUGGGAUGAGUACUUGGGAGAUCCCUCAUGGUUAUGGUCGUGUGAAGCCAGAUGUCGUUGCCUAUGGGCGAGAAAUUAUGGGUUCCAAGAUCAGUACUGGUUGUAAAAGUUUAUCAGGCACUAGUGUGGCAAGUCCCGUGGUUGCUGGUGUUGUAUGCUUGCUUGUUAGUGUCAUCCCCGAAAGCAGGCAGAAAGACAUUUUAAAUCCGGCAAGCAUGAAACAAGCAUUGGUUGAGGGAGCUGCUAAGCUUUCAGGUCCCAAUAUGUAUGAGCAGGGUGCAGGCAGAGUUGAUCUGUUAGAAUCAUUUGAAAUCCUUAAGAACUACCAACCACGGGCAAGCAUCUUCCCUGGUGUUCUGGAUUACACAGAUUGCCCUUAUUCCUGGCCUUUUUGCCGUCAACCACUCUAUGCAGGUGCCAUGCCUGUCAUCUUUAAUGCCACUAUUUUGAAUGGGAUGGGUGUAAUUGGCUAUGUUGAAAGUCCACCAACAUGGCAUCCUUCCAAUGAGGAAGGGAAUCUGUUAAGCAUUCACUUUACUUAUUCUGAGGUCAUCUGGCCUUGGACUGGUUAUUUAGCGCUUCACAUGCAAAUUAAGGAGGAAGGUUCCCAGUUUUCUGGAGAGAUUGAGGGCAAUGUAACUCUUCAGGUGUACAGUCCUCCAGCUCGAGGAGAGAAUCGCCCUCGAAUCAGUACAUGUGUGCUUCACUUGAAGUUAAAAGUGGUCCCAACUCCAGCAAGGUCAAAACGUGUUUUAUGGGAUCAGUUCCACAGUAUUAAAUAUCCUCCUGGUUAUAUUCCAAGAGAUUCUCUCGAUGUUCGUAAUGACAUUCUUGACUGGCAUGGAGAUCACCUGCAUACGAAUUUUCACAUUAUGUUCAACAUGUUGCGAGAUGCUGGAUAUUUUGUUGAAACUCUUGGUUCUCCUCUUACAUGCUUUGAUGCUCGCCAGUACGGGACACUUCUGCUGGUAGAUCUCGAAGAUGAGUACUUUGAGGAGGAGAUUGAAAAGCUGAGAGAUGAUGUUAUUAGUACCGGGUUGGGGCUUGCUGUAUUUGCUGAGUGGUAUAAUGUGGAAACAAUGGUAAAAAUGAGAUUUUUUGAUGAUAAUACACGCAGCUGGUGGACUCCAGUUACUGGAGGUGCAAAUAUUCCAGCACUUAAUGAUCUUUUGGCCCCAUUUGGGAUUGCUUUUGGAGAUAAGAUUCUUAAUGGUGAUUUUUCUAUUGACGGUGAGCAGAGUCGAUAUGCGUCUGGAACAGAUAUAGUGAGGUUUCCGGCAGGUGGUUUUGUGCACAGUUUCCCUUUCCUGGAUAGCUCAGAGAGUGGGGCCACUCAAAAUGUAUUGUUGACUUCAGGCAUGACCAAGGCAGACUCUCCCAUUCUUGGUCUUUUAGGUGUGGGUGAUGGUCGGGUUGCAGUAUAUGGAGACUCCAAUUGUUUGGACAGCAGCCACAUGGUCACCAAUUGUUAUUGGCUUUUGAGAAAAAUAUUGGAUUACACUAGCGGGAACAUCAGAGAUCCGGUGCUUUUCUCUGAUUCAGUCAAACGAGAUACACGCUUGCAUGUAGAAGACAAUCAAUUACCUUUGCGCAGAACUGAUGUUAAUUUCUCUACUUAUUCAGCUGUUGUGGGAAAGGAAUUGAUCUGCAGGAGUGACUCCAGAUAUGAAAUUUGGGGGACUAAGGGCUACAAUUUACAGGUUAGGGGAAGAAACAGAAAACUGCCUGGUUAUCCUCUCAUUGAUUUGGGGAGAGGUUUAAAUUCAACAGUAGACAGUUCCAAUUUGAGGCAUCCCAAGUUGCCUGUGAAAAAUAAGGGUGAUUCGGGAAAGGGAUACUUGGACCUGAUCUACCGGGAUGAGGCUGAGGCACCAGUAACAAUUGCUAGUCAUUGGCUUGUUCCUGCGGUAGUUGCAGUAACUGGUCUUCUUUUGUUUUUGAGCUUUUGGCGAAUUCGACAGAAGCGGCGCCGACGAAGGAAAGGAUCUGGUUCUGGUCGUUUUGCCAAUCUGUAGUCCCGGUUUUUGCUCGAAGAGAGGGAGGGCCAGGGAAAGAGGAGAAAACCUUGGCAGUCAGUAGUAACAUUUAUUCUGUUUGCUGGCUUUUGUGCAUGAGAGUUCAGGUAAAGGCAAAAGAACAGUUCGAUCUAUGCUCACCGUGCGGCCGUGCACCUGACAGAUGAAUCCACCACCUCCCAUAGUGACCUCAUCGCAAAACCCCACCAUGGCAUGCUUCAUUUCCACUUCAUCGUUCGACUUCUCUUUUUUUAGAUAGUUAUGAGUUAGAGACUACGUUGGAAAUCAUACUCCAAUGCAAAGAAUACUCCCCAAGAGUGAUAGCAAAAUUUGGUUUGAAGAACAAGAAGACGGUCUUCAAUUGGCUAUUGACAUUAAAGUUCAGCUUAAAGCACUGCACGCCCCAGUAAUCCGAGAAGAAAACAAUCAAAUUAUAUAGAUCAGAAGGAUUGCAGAGAUCAGUACAGAAGGAUUCAUAUUCUAUAGACAGAAUAGAGUACAAAAUAUAAACAUGAGAAAGAGAACAAGUAAAAUAUGGAUA